UAAAUGGCUUUUUCCUGCUUCUUUUACCAUUAUGUGAAAAUAUUAAAAAUUAGUGACCUAACUUCAUAAUGGUUCUCAAUAUUAUCAAAGGAUAAUAUACUGUUACUAUACUGUUUAUUUACCCAAUUAUUCUGGGGCACAAAACAAGGGGAACAAUGCAAACAUAUGAACAAUUACAUUUUUUUUUAUUACUGUAAGUUCUUGACAUCUUCAUAUCAGUGACCUCCCCUGCCGUCAAUCUUUCUUUUUAACGCAUUCACCGAGCCACAACAAGAGCAUCAUAAUGGAACGGGGCCAAGACCACCACAUCUCUCCCUGCGCAUGACACCGUCUCAGAUCCGUGUCGGCCCUUAACAUGUGACUCGUGUGUAUCCAGGUCCGAACGUUCAGGCCUGGGCGCAGAGAUUGGCCCGGCGGGGAUAGUGUGGCGUUUGCACUUCUCCAGCUGUAUAGUUUUAACCCCUCCUUUGUCAGCUGGACAAUGGCAGGCCCCUCCCUCGCUGCUGAGCCGGGGCUUUUAAUGGGCCCUUUGCCAGGGGAGGCUUUAAAAGGGUGGAUGCACAUGCCCAGCUUUCACUCUCACAUCAGGACGUCCCAAGGGCAUCGAAGCGAGCAGACGAGAUGACUCACCAUUGCACCAAGUUCUCUGGCCAUUGGAAGAUCAUCGUGUACGACGAGGAGUGCUUCCAGGGUCGUCACCAUGAGUUCACCUCAGAGUGCUGCAAUGUCAUGGAGUUCGGUUUCGAAUCCGUGCGCUCAUUGAGAGUGGAGAGCGGAGCGUGGGUGGGCUACGAGCACGCCUCUUACCAGGGUCACCAGUUUGUGCUGGAGCGCGGAGAGUACCCUCAGUGCGAUGCCUUUGGGGGAAGCAAUGCUUACCACAUCGAGAGAAUGACCUCCUUUAGACCCAUUUCCUGUGCUAACCACAGGGAGUGCAGAAUGACCAUCUAUGAGAGAGAGAACUUCCUGGGCCGCAAGGGAGAGCUCAGUGACGAUUACCCUUCUCUUCAGGCUAUGGGAUGGUGCAACAACGAAGUGGGUUCUUUCCGUGUUCAGUCCGGAGCGUUUGUGUGCUACCAGUUCCCUGGUUAUCGUGGAUACCAGUAUAUCAUGGAGUGUGACCGCCACUGUGGGGAGUACAAACACUUCAAGGAGUUUGGUUCCCAUUGCCAGACCCCUCAGAUCCAGUCCAUCCGCCGUAUCCAGCAGUAACGGAUUUCUCCUUGCCCCUCUCCUUGCAAAAACUCUCAUGCCCCUUUCUACCCGAUGCUAAAUAAACUGUCUUUCUUAAACCUCA